UUCCAGGGAGCACGUGACCCCGGAGAUGAACAAGCUUCGUCAGAGUCUGAGGAGGAAGAAGCCCACCUAUGUGCCCGAGGCCAGCAGACCGCAUCAGUGGCAGGCUGACGAGGAGGCUGUACGCAAGGGCAAAUGUAACUUUGCUGUUCGGUAUCUGGGGUUGGUAGAGGUGGAGGAGUCCAGAGGGAUGCAUGUAUGUGAGGAGGCAGUGAAAAAGCUGAAAGUUAGUGGUAAAAAGACAGUGAAAGCAGUGUUGUGGGUUUCAGCAGAUGGACUCAGGGUUGUAGAUGACAAAACCAAGGACCUCAUUGUGGACCAGACCAUAGAGAAGGUUUCAUUCUGUGCUCCUGACCGUAACUACGACAAGGCCUUCUCCUACAUCUGCAGAGAUGGGACCACCCGGCGGUGGAUGUGCCACUGUUUCAUGGCUCUGAAAGACUCAGGGGAGAGGCUGAGCCAUGCAGUGGGCUGUGCCUUUGCCGCCUGCCUGGAGAGGAAGCAGCGCAGGGAGAAGGAGUGCGGUGUGACGGCGUCCUUCGAUGCCAGUCGCACCUCAUUCGUGCGCGAGGGCUCUUUCCGCAUCAACUCAUCCUCCAGCCAGCAGGGCAGCAGCAGCGAGCGUGAUGAGAAGCUGCAGGAGAAGAAGAAAGACCAGCCCUCCGCCAUCCCAGCUCUCCCACCAGGCGCCGCCUCCCCACCCGAGGGGGCGGCGUCUCCAAUGGAGCGCCCAGAACCAGGCGGGCCCCACGCCAUCCCUCGCCGCCACGCGCCCAUUGAGCAGCUGGUGCGCCAGGGCUCCUUCAGGGGAUUUCCCGCUCUGAGCCAGAAGAACUCUCCCUUCAAGAGACAGCUGUCGCUCCGCCUCAACGAUCUGCCAUCCACGCUGCAACGCAAGACGGACUUCCAGGCCAAGAACCCCGUACUAGAGAUGGAAAUGGGCCUACCAGGCGAAGGUGACAGUAGUAUCAACGCCCUGUGCUGCCAGAUCAACGCCUCCUUUACGAAGCCGUCUGACGAGUUCUUCAUCAACCAGUCUGUAUCUGCUAAUGACCCACCGGCUUGCACUGUGCCCCCCAUUCUGCCUCCACCCCCUGCGCCCAUGCACGCUACCUCGACCUGGGUUCAGCCAGAAGCUUCCCUCCACUCUCCUCCACCGGUUUCCACGGCAGUGCAGAGUGGACACAGGCGUACGCCAUCAGAAGCUGAGAGAUGGUUGGAGGAAGUGUCCAAGGCUGUCAAAGCUCAACAGACACCCCCUCCAGGCCCCACCAUCCCCACCAUCCCCGGGCCACCUUCAAUGACCAGCCAUCACAUAUCCACUCAGGCAGCCAUGCCAGCUGCCCCGGUCUCCACCGUCUCCAUGCCCCUCAGCACCUUGUCCAAACCACUUAUCUCAGGCCCCUCUGCUCUUCCCUGUCAAGUCCCCAUGCCUCUCCCACCCAUGUCGAUAUCAUCUGUUCCUCUAAUACCAGGUCCUCCAGUGUCAGGCCCCCCAAUGUCUCUUCCAUCCAUGUCCAUCCCUACCAUGUCAGGUCCGAGCAUGUCCGGGGCCUCCAUGAUGCAGCCCUCUCUGUCUGGACCCCCUGGUUCCCUUCCGAGCUCCAUGCAACCGUUCCCUCUGGCUUUUGAUGCCACCCCGGCUCCUGUAGGAAUGUUUGCCGGUCAGCCGGUUCAACCUGCCUUCCUGCCCAUGCAGACAUACAUGCCUGGCCUGGCCAGCAGCAUGACCUAUCCCAACGCCAGUGUGCCCGUGGUGGGCAUCACACCAUCGCAAAUGGUGGCCAACGCCUUCUGCACCGCCACAGGCUCGUCAGGCACAGGUGGAGCAAUGGGAUCGACUGCAGCAGCCUCCAAAGUGGGGGCGCUAGGAACGGUGGGACAGCACCAUUCCUACCCAGGAGCACCUGGUGCGUCUGCAGGGUUUCCCGCGGCUUCGUUUCCCUCGACUCCACCCCUGUUGACAUCCAUCAACGGCCUCCCACCACACAGCAGCGCAACAACCACCCUCCAGAACGGGACCUCAGGCUGUACUGGGAUCAGUGGUGGCGGCAGUAGCAGCUGGCCUCCAGAGGGCAGCCAGCUCACAGCUCCGGCAGCUAUCAACACCCAAGACGAUGACCGUUUUGAAGCCAAGUGGGCGGCGCUGGAGACAAAACCAGCCCCUCAGGUGGCAGAGAACAAGGCGCCAGCUGCAAACCCAUUUUCCAACAGCCUGCAAAAGACCUUUGAGAUUGAGCUCUGAGCCGGAUUCAGGAUCUCAACGCUCUGGAGUGGAAAACCCGUGGAAUCAGGAACCAAUUCCAGAUAUUUUGUUUAAAUUGGAUGCAUUUUGCUUAAACCUUUCAUAAGGCUCUAUGCUACGACUGUGUUAUUUUUUUUUUCUUUUUGAUCACUUGAGAUGGAAAAUAAAAGCGCAGUUUGUCAUCCUGCAAUCUGAAAAUCAAGUCACCUGCUGUGGCGACCUGAUGAUCUGAAUCCCUUCAGUCCACCUGUCAAAACACCUCUCCUUCCUGCGUUUGCCUCUCUGCUCCGGCUUCACGCUUCCUGCUGAGAGUCCCUGGAUGUACUGCAUGAGAGGUGCACGGUGGCGGUGUUGGGGUUCUUUCUUUAGAAGGUGGACUCCACUCAGAAGCAUUUCUGACUCCAUGAGAUUAUUUUGGAAAUUUUGCUUGAUUUUUAAAAUAUUUUUUUUGUCUGAGGGGCAACAUUGCACCGUGUGGAGAGGCGGGAAGCUGAUUUUAGCGAAGCACGGCAGAAGUUCGGAUGCCUGAAAGGACCGGACUCAAACGACGUGCUGACCAUUAGAAGAGAUUUAUGGCCAAAACUAUUUUAUUUAUUGUAUUGUAUUUUUUAUUCUAACAACUUAUGUACUUAAAGGUCAGACAUUUUAA